AUGGAUGUGUCCACAAAACGCCCAAUUACCCAGGGAUGGAGAUCUUCCAGCCAGUUCGUCAUCGUCACUGCGUGCCUGGCCAUGUUUACUGAAUCGCUGUUAGCCGGUUUCCCCGUACCUAUGCUCCCGUAUAUGCUAGAAGAGCGCCUUCACAACGAUCCCUCCCAAACCACUAGCACCACCAACAGCCUACUCAGUUUACAAGGCCUGGCGGCAAUCCUCGCUGCCCCUUCUUGCGCGGCUCUGUUCGAUACGAUCUCAAACCAGAAGAUCCCACUAUACUUGGCACUUGUGCUUUGUCUGGCUGGAACUGCGCUGUUUGCAAUCACCACCACAUCAUGGGUACUAUACCUGGGCAGGAUACUACAGGCAGUAGCUGCCUCGGCUGCAUGGCUCGCGUGCACGACCAUGCUCACCGAGGUCGCGGGUAGUGCACGAGCUGGGGCAAUGUUGGGACUGAGCAUGUCUUUUUCAACGUUGGGAACGGUCAGCGGACCGAUGUUUGGGGGCGUUCUUCUAGGCUGGUUCGGAUACUGGCCAGCUUGGUCCCUGCCGAUGGCUCUGCUGAUCCUCGACAUGAUUGCACGCUUCGUUAUGAUUCAGCCUGACUAUCAUCUACUUGAUUCGCAAUCUCAAAUCAGUCUUGCCAACCGUAGCAAGAUAUGUCAAGAUGUCCCCGAAUCGUCCCCCUUCCUGCCCCAAUCACCUUCAUUUGACCCAGACAUCACAACGAAAGCGGAGUCCGACAGCACUGCAACCGCAGAAUAUCGCAACUACUACACCGUAAUGCUCCAAGACGCAGGAAUGUGGGCAGCCGUUCUAAACACCAUGUCCCAAGCCGCACUCCGGACAGCAUUCAACGCCACUCUACCUGUGUAUCUUCGAGAUACAUUUAACUGGGGCCCAUCGUCAGUCGGGGCGAUAUUCUUUGCCCUCCAAGUCCCAGUCAUCUUUUUGCCUCCCCUAUUUGGCCAUCUCCGAGAUCGUGUCGGUAUUCGAUACCCAACAGCAAUCGGUUGGGCUCUUCUUUGCCCGUUGAUGUGUUACUUAGGUGUACCUGGUAGGGAUGUCUCCCAGGCUAGUGGGAGCCGGACAGAUGAUAAAGUAGCCUUUAUUGUAUGUAUAUGUGCUAUCGGUUUAGUGAUGUCGUCGGUUCAAGGUGCCGGGUCGUUUCAUAUGAGGUUCCUCUUAGAGGAAGUUGAAAAAGAUACUCCCACCUUGUUCGGCCCUAAUGGUGGGCGUGCAAGGUGCUUCGCGCUGGUCUCUAUCUCGUUCAACGUCGGUCUGAUGCUCGGCCCGGUUGUUACUGGGUUCCUAUUUGAGAGUGCGGGAUACUAUUAUAUGAAUAUUGUUCUGGGUGUUGCCUGCUUGGGGGUAGCGGUGGUGACAUUUAUGUUCUGCUGA